CUGAAAAUGAAAUGAAAAACCGCGUAGUUGUUGCAGGAGUCACCAACGAAGAGACUGGUGGCAUUCUUCACUCGUCAUACUUUAUUUGAUAUUAUCGUCGUUUCAGCAUUUUUGUUAUUACUUUUGGGACACUCUUCCACCAUGGUCCAGAUGGGUGCGAAGACGACGACCAUAACAGAGUCGGAUAUGUUACAGCAACAGGAAACGUGCCAGUUAAAAAACGACCAAAAGGAACAGAAGACGACCAACUACGACGGGGAACAGUCUGCGCAACUCCCCGUCAGCAAGCAGGAAAUCAUAUGGAUGAACGUCGUGUUCAUCACUUUGUUACACGUCUUGUCCGUAUACUGUUUUUGCAACUAUUUCUUCACCACGAAAUGGCAAACUUACUUAUGGUCUUUUAUAGUCGGCGGUAUUGGUGGAUUUGGAGUAACCGGCGGUGCACAUCGAUAUUUCACACAUCGAUCGUUCAAAGCGAAAUUACCAUUACAAAUAAUACUCUUAUUGUGUUACACAGUAUCGGGACAGAACGACAUACCGGAUUGGGUUCGCGAUCACCGAGUGCAUCACAAGUUCAGCGAGACGGACGCCGACCCGCACAACGCCAACAGGGGUUUCUUCUUCUCGCACGUGGGUUGGCUGAUGCAGCGCAAACACCCAGACGUCUACAAACGAGGCAAGACCAUCGACAUGUCAGACAUCAACAACGAUCCACUGGUGCAGUUUCACACCAAACACUUUUUACUGUUCAAGAUGUUGUUUUGUUUCAUCAUACCAGUUUUGAUACCGGUGUACGGUUGGGAUGAAAACUGGGUGGAAGCCAUCAGCUCAGUGGCCAUUGUCCGGUACGUGUUGAACUUGAACUUCACGUGGUCCGUCAACAGCGUGGCUCACAUCUGGGGAAGCAAGCCGUAUGACAAACGCAUUCAACCGGCGCAGAACGUGAUGGUGUCCAUCUUGGCCAUGGGCGAGGGUUGGCACAACUAUCAUCACGUGUUCCCGUGGGACUACAGGGCGGCCGAAAUCGGUGGAUACCUGUUGAACACGACCACCCUGUGGCUAGACCUGUUCGCCAGCAUCGGUUGGGCGUACGAUCUCAAAGAGCCGUCCAAGCAGCUCGUCCAGCAGGUGGCCGUCAAUCACGGCGACGGAAGCUGGCGAGAGCAACCGGAAACGGCGCACACGCGGGACUAUAAGACUUCAUAAAMAUUAAUUUAUUACAAUGUAUAAUAUGAUCAUACGUCAUUACGUUAUUAUUGACGUUACGAUUAUUAUUAUUAUAUCAUUA